UCGCUAGUUCCCGCCUCUUUGGUACAAGUGUCAGUGCGGUUCAAACUACUGGUGACAUCAGGGAGAUUGCUGUAUGCUGCUUUUUUAGACUAAGACUUUUAUCCGUUUGCGAAGGAAAAUAAAAUGGUCACACACAUUUUUCCACGAUCUAUAUUCACUUUGUGUAUUAUAUAGUCAAUUCUAACGUAUGUGGUGCCCUCUUGAAAAAGUCACGGACUAGCCCAUCUUUGGCCAACCCCUCAGUAGCCACUGUUCCGUGACUCACCAGAAAAAUGAUGUAACUUUUGCCGGCUUUCUGUUACCUUCAAAAGUACAAAGAGAAAGGAAGAGUAUCCUGUCAAACUGCGCAUUGUGGGAACAUUCUCAACCUUUUUGUUGAGUAAAUGGCUUGGUUUGGUUAGCAUAGGUGAAAGGACAGCGUACAAUCUGUGUAAUUUACAGUUCUUUCUCUGUUGGACUCAGUACAGUAAAUAAUGAAUGCGGCUCGUCGCUGUUCGGCUUUAUUGGGUCAAAUGUGCGUGUCCUCACGGGGGGGACCGACAGCCAGGAGACCGUUUUCAGCAGGAGCCGUCUCAAACCCGGCGGGACCACAGUACUCCGGUGUCGGAGGAAGAGGAGUGGGAGUCAAAGGGAACUCUCCCCAGCUGAAGCCGAGCGGAGCAUCCACCAAUGGGGCAGCACCAGUUUGUCCAAUGGGUGGUACCAGCAGCAGCAGGUUGUUCGGUACUUUGACCCAGUCGCUAAACAGCUCCCCCUUGGCCCAACAAGACCCGUACCCAGAGGAGAGCACAGACCAGGACCUGGACCAGGACCUGUCCGAGACAGACCCAGACCAGCUGCUCAGAGAGUGUGAGGAUGCACUGCAGAAGCGACCAGCCCGGCCACACCGGGAUCUGGUGUAUCCCAGCGGAACUGCGCCCUGCCACCAUAUGCACAACCCCUCCAUACGGGUCAUGCAGUGGAAUAUACUCGCACAAGCUCUUGGGGAGGGGAAGGACGGGUUUAUCCGCUGUCCACUGGAUGCUCUCAACUGGCAGGAAAGGAAGUAUUUGAUCCUGGAAGAGAUCCUCACCUACCGACCGGACAUCCUCUGUCUACAGGAAGUAGACCACUAUUAUGACACUUUCCAGCCAAUUAUGGCCAACCUGGGUUACCACAGCAGCUUCCUGGCAAAACCCUGGUCUCCCUGUCUGGAUGUAGAGCAGAAUAACGGUCCUGACGGCUGCGCUCUGUUUUAUCGACGCUCGCGCUUCUCCCUCCAGGCCACAGCUCACCUGCGGCUAUCAGCCCUGAUGCUGCCCACGAACCAGGUCGCCAUCGUUCAGACGCUGAACUGCCGGGUAACAGGCCGUCAGCUGUGCGUGGCCGUCACCCAUCUUAAAGCCCGUAGUGGGUGGGAGAGGCUGCGGAGUGCACAGGGUGCUGACCUACUGCAGAGUUUAAGCAGUAUAAUAUCCCGGGAUGGCAGUCAGAGUGAGGCGGCAUCAGCCAUCGUCCCUUUAGUAGUGUGUGGAGACUUUAACGCAGAGCCCUCUGAAGAUGUUUACAGACGCUUCAGCUCCUCCCCCCUUGGCCUGAACUCUGCAUACAAGCUGUUGAGCUCUGACGGACAAACAGAGCCAGCCUAUACCACAUGGAAGAUCCGCCCCUCUGGAGAGAGCUGCAGCACACUGGACUAUAUCUGGUAUACCCAUCAUUCUUUGAGUGUGGACUCCCUGUUGGACAUUCCCACUGAAGAGCAGAUCGGCCCAGACCGCCUCCCAUCCUACCACUACCCCUCUGACCAUUUAUCACUGCUCUGUGACAUCACCUUCAGGGAGGAACCCCAUAGGUUGAUGUAGGCUUCCAGUCACAGCAGUUCCGGACCAAUAGGAAGAUUGAGUGAGGAGACUGCUUAUUCAGAAUCAGUGUGAACUUGUACUGUAAAUGACAGUAAGAGAAAGUGAAGAGCGUGUUCGCUGAUUUUGAGGCAGAGUCAUGGUGGGGCAAGACAAAUAUGAUUUGAGCGGGAAUAAUUUGCAAUCAUGACGCACACAUAAACCCAAAUAAGCAUGUGUCACUUUCUGUAACAAUGCUAUUAUUUUAAAGAUAUUCAUAAUUGGAACUUUAAAAAGUUAAAUGACCGGAAAAAAUUAUGUAUAUUUUUUGGGAUAAGUAGGGGUUUGGCGUCACACUGGAGCCUGUCAGUAUCUAGCAUUUUUCAGCCCUUUAAAGGAACACUGUGUAGGAUUUAGGGGGAUCUGGUGGCAAAAAUGGAAUAUAAUAUUCAUAAUUAUGUUUUCGUCAUUGUAUAAUCACCUGAAUCUAAAAUGAGCCCUUCAUAUCUUCAUAGGGAGCGGGUGCUCUUCCACCGAGCCCGCCAUAUUGCACUGCCAUGUUUCUACAGUAGCCCAGGACAGACAAACCACUGACUCUAAAGAGGGCCGUUCGUAUUUUACGUUACCUGAAGGCCACCACACACACACACACACACACACACACACACACACACACACACACACACACACAAGGAAACAAAGUUAAAAGGCCACCACAGCACCAAGCUGGGGAAAAACCUCGACACUUAUUUAUCGCUUCCAACUCACUAUUAUAACUUAAUUUUAUUAAAUUAUUCUUUAUAAUUUAUAUCAGUUGGUUUACCAUAAUCAACAGAUUUCCCUGUAGUGUAUCUUAAUUUAUUAUUUUAUACUGAAAUAAUCCAGUGUGGUUCUUCAGUUUGACAUUGGCAAUCAUGACAGUGACUGUAACUAUACUGAACAUGAGGAAAAAUGUUAAUAUAUAAAUUAUAACUAAGAAAUUAAUUUAGCUCAUAUUGUUGCCUGUUUGACUUGCUGGCUAGUGCAAUUGAAUGAUUAUGUUGUGGAUUGGUUUCUUUUGUCUCAGCACACACACAGGAAGAACAUGAAGCCUCUAUUCAACUCCAUUUAUAAAGCUACCUACAGACAGGUGACAAAUUAAAGGAAAAGCCUUAAAAGUGAGUGGAGAAACAGGAUGACAAUGCCCCCAUCCAUAGGGCACGAGGGGUCACUGAAUGAUUUGAUAAAUAUGAAAAUUAUGUGAAUUAUAAGCUACGGCUUUCUCACUCAUCUGAAGCAAACUGUUUAGUAUGUAAGGUUAAUCAACUAAAAGGCUGUUUGUUUGUUUUUUAAGAAAAGCAUGCAAUGACUUGAGAAAGUAGCUGCUUUUGUACACUUCAUUGUAUUGUACAUUUGAAUUUAAAUAAAUAAAAUUGCCAUUCUUGCUCAUCAAUCUACACUAAAAGCCCAGACUCAAACCCAAUAAAUCAUCCCGGGGAGAAACCUGGAUAUGGCAGUUUGCAGACGCUUCCCAUACAAUCUGACGGAUCAGGAAGAAUGGGAUAACCUGACGAAACUCAGGCAUGCAAAGCUUGUACAGACUUGCCGAAGAAGAUUCGAGGCUAUAAUUGCUGCCAAAUGGGCUUCUAAAAGUCUUGAAUUAAGGGUCUGAAUUUUAGAUUUAAAUAAAGAUUUUGAUUUAAAGACAUACAUAUAUGCAUAUAUAUAUAUAUAUAUAUAUAUGCAUAUGUUUGUGUGUAUAUAUAUACUCCCAGGUAGAUCAGCUGAAACAGCUGGUCUCCUGGGUUUUCCACCCACAACCAUUUCCAGAGUUUACUCAGAAUGUGUCCAAAAACAAAAAACAUUCAGUGAGCAGCAGUUCUGCAGACGGAAAAAACCUUAUUGAUGAGAAAGGUCAUAGGAGAUUGGUCAGACUGGUUGAAGCUGACAGAAAGGCUACAGUAACUCAGAUAACCACUCUAUACAACUGUGGUGAGCAGAAAAGCUUCUCAGAAUGCACAACACACCAAAAAUUGAGGCUGAUGUGCUACAACAGCAGAAGCCCACGUCAAGUUCCAUUCCUGUCAGCCAAGAACAAAAAUCUGAGGCUGCAGAGGAUACAGGCUCACCAACACUGGACAGUUGAAGACCAGAAAAACAUAUCCUGGUCUGAUGAAUGUGGAUGUCUACUGAGGCUCGCAGAUGGUAGGGUCAGAAAUUGGCAUCAGCAGCAUGGGCCCGCCCUGCCUUUUGUCAACAGUCCAGGCUGCUGGUGGUAUAAUGACGUGGGGAAUGUUUUCUUGGCACACUUUAAGCCACUUAAUACCAAUAAAUCAUGGUUUCAAUGUCACAGUUUGAAUAGUGUUGCUGACCAUGUGCAUCCCUUUAUAGCCACAGUAUACCAUCUUCUAAUGGCUACUUUCAGCAUGAUAAUGCACCAUGUAACAAAGCAAAUCACAACUCCACAUCACAACGAGAUCAGUGAACUUCAGUGGCAUCCCCAGUCCCCAGAUCUGAAUCUAAUAGAACACUUUUGGGAUGUGGUAGAGCAGGAGAUUGGCAGCAUGAAUGUGCAUCUGACAAAUCUGCAGAAAUAAUGCAAUGAAAUCAUAUCAAAAAGGACCAGAAUCUCAAAGGAAUGUUUCUAACAUCUUGUGGAAUCCAGGCCACGAAGAAUUUAGGUUGUUUUGAGAGCAAAGUGAGGCCCUACCCAGUAUUAGUAUGGUGUUCCUAAUAAAGUGCUCGGUGAGAAUAAAUACUACAGCAUACAAUAUUUUAGAUAAUAAUUCUUCCAGCUUUGUACCAACAUCACAUGCUCCCAUGCAGAAAGCCAGCUCCAUAAAGAAAUGCUUUUCCCAGUUUGACGUGGGAGAAGUUGACUGGCCUGCAGACCCUUGAUCUCAACCCCAUCCAACACCUUGGGGACGAACUGGUAUUCCGACAACAAGCCCGGACCAUAUCACCCACCUUCAGUGUUGGUCCUCACUAAUGCUCUUGUGUCUGGAUUCGAGCAAAUUCCCACAGCUAGGUAUAACAUCUUGUGGAAAGCUAAAAGAUGAUGUGGCUUCUUUGGAACCUUGAAAACCUAAGGUGCUGACUGUGGCAUGUUCUUUAUAGUAGCUGCUAAUUUUAAGCAUUCAAUUUAAUAAUCCACCCUGUUAGCAGUGUUCUAACUACCUCACCUCAGACACCAAUUCCCUUCCCAUGAGGAUGUGAUUUUCAACAUUUCCAAGAAUUUUGACAACACUGUCAGUGCUCCAGCAUUUUAAAACACAUAUACUUGCAAGAAAAAGCUGAACAUGCAAAUAGAGGAAACACAGGAAAAUGAAGAAAACAUCAUUUGUAAAACAACACAUGGAAUAAGACCCAACAGGCAUUUAGAUUUGUUUUUGAGAUUUUUUUUGGUGUUGUCUUUCCAGCGGCUAGAGCUUGCAUGAUCUGGAAGAUCAUGACAUGUAGUUGAAAAGCUGUGGAUAUAGCGAAAACUAGAGAUGACCACUCAUGAUACUGGAAAAUGAGGUAGCAAUAUACAUACAUACUGUAUAUUUUAGUGAUAACAAUCUAAAUGUGUGAUUCUGAUACUGGGGAUAUUAGCAAUAUAGUGUUACAAUUUUAAAGUGUAUGCACGUAAUCUAGAAAACCUCCAUUUAAUGAAUUGUAGUGUUUCACAUCAGCUUAUUUCGUUAUGCCGGGCAUAUUUUGUUAAAAAUUACUGUAUGCGUUUCAUUCAUUUGCAUAUUUCUUAAUGUAACAUGUUUUUUCAUAGUGCUGAAGAUUUUCAUAUGUUUGUGUUUUGUCCAUUUGAUGUGUGAUGUGUUUUGAUAUGUUUUCUUGUGUAGAGCGUGGGCCCACAGUGUACAGUGCAUUCAGUGCUACGUAGGCUACUGCUAGACUUCUACCUGUAUGACUGUUGAACAUUUGUAAAUCACAAAACUAUAUCCACUUUGAUUCUGAAGGACAUUUACCAUUAUACAUGUAAAACUAUUUUAGUUAUAUAAGAAUCAACUAAAAGUGUUGGCUGGGUUUUUCCUUUUACAUUCUCAAUGUUUUCCGCGUCAACAAAUUUAUUUAAAUAUUUGUGACAGCUGUUCGGAUUCUGUACACUGAGAAAUACUCAAUUUGUCUGCAAGUUUUGCAAAGCCAAGAAAUAUUAAGAAAGACGUGAACAGUAAUAAUCAUCUCCCAGCAAAUAGCUCGCCUAACACACUUGACAUAAGGGGAACUGUCAGGGGGUCUGACAGUUCACUAAUCUCAUACAGAAUUGAAAUGAGUCCUGCUCAUUAGCAGCAACACAGUGCCUUUCUGUGGCCUUACUAGCACAUUUUACUUCCUUUUCAAAUGCCAAAAUUUCUUUUUAAAAAAAGGCACCAAAAACAUGUCAGUAAAUCCUAAAUAAACACUAAAAAUUUCUAGCGUUUCAUUUUUCCAAUGGUUCAAUAA